AUGGCGGCCAUCAGUCCAGCACCACCUGUUCCCCAAACAGAAGACUCUAAAGAUGCCAUCACACAUGCUGAGACCACAAAUCCUGCAGGUGCAGUUGAACAGAAAGACAAGGCUGCUACUUUCUUGAGUACAGUCGAUGAGGAUGCAUCAUUCACAUAUGAGGAGGAGAAAGCGGUCCUGAAAAGAAUCGACUAUCGCGUUCUGCCUCUGAUUUUGUGGGCUUAUUUUUUCCAGCAACUUGACAAGUCCUCACUGUCCUACGUGUCCAUCUUUGGCAUCCAGGAAGAUGCAGGCCUCCAUGGACGACAAUAUUCGUGGCUCGGUUCCAUCCUCUAUUUUGCCCAACUGGCCAUGCAGCCACUUGCCGCUUAUCUCCUCGUGAAGCUACCUACCGGGAAGCUCAUUGCUGGAGCCAUCUUUUGCUGGGGCUGUUCUCUGGCGAUCAUGUCAGCGUGCACGAAUUUCCAAAGCCUCAUGGGUCUACGAUUUCUCCUAGGCUCCUUUGAAGCAAUGAUCGCUCCAUCUUGCGUUGUGGUCACUCAAAUGUGGUGGAGGAGAUCUGAACAAACACUAAGGAAUUCAUUCUGGAACGGCAUGAAUGGAAUAACUGCCAUUGUCGGAAGCCUCUUUACAUAUGGCCUUGGCCAUAUCCACAGCGACACAUUGUAUUCUUACCAGAUUGUCUUCCUCUUCUGCGGGUUGCUCACUGUGGCAUACUCCCUGCUCGUUUUAGCUCUGAUGCCUGAUUCUCCCAUGGAGGCUAAGUACUUGACUCAACGUGAGAAAGUCAUUGCCGUUGAGCGUCUCAGGGCCAACCAGCAAGGUAUCACGUCCAGGCAAUGGCGCUGGGAUCAUGUUUGGGAGGUUGCUACUGAUCUCAAAACCUAUCUAUGGUUCUUGAUCAUUGUUUCGAUCUCAAUCCCAAGUGGUGGUAUCAGUACGUUUGGAAGUCUGAUUGUCAAAUCUUUUGGCUAUAGCAGCUUCGCCACAAUACUGUUCAACAUUCCCUUUGGUGUCAUACAAGUCAUUGCGAUCGUCGGCUCUGCUUGGCUUGCAACCAAGUGGCAGAAGAAAGGUCUGGUUAUUGCUAUUGCUGCAAUGUUUCCCGCCGUUGGAACCAUCAUCCUCCUCACUGUCCCGAGAGAACAAAAGGGAGUUCUGCUUUUUGGUUAUUACCUGAUAUCCUGUCUCGCCUGCAUUACACCGUUGAUCUAUGUCUGGCACGUCCAAAACUCUGCAGGAGACACAAAGCGCAAAUGUACUUCCGCUGUCGUAUUCAUUGGUAUGUGCACUGGCAACAUCGUAGGUCCACUGGUCUACUCGCCCGAUCAAGCUCCGUUAUACCGGCCAGGUUUGAUAUCCAAUUUGAUCAUGUUUGUCUUGGUCGCCAUACUCGCACUGGUCAUCUGGCUCUACCUCAUUAUUCUCAACAAGCGGCAUGCCAAACGCCGAGAGCAAGUCGGCAAAUCGGCUGUCAAGAUUGAUGAGUCGAUGAUUGGAAAAGACAGAAUUGGGACCUCCAAGGCGAUCGAAUUGGAGGAGGGUCACCAAGGUGUGCUCAGGGCAAAUGAGAAUGGGUUCUCUGAUAUGACGGAUCUACAGAAUGAGGACUUUGUAUUCGUCUAUUGA